AUGCCUACUGUCGGAGACCUCGCGCACUUCCACAUGUUCCACUCAGGAAACUUUGAGAGAACCACCAUGACCCGCUCAGAUUUCCCAGUGCACGACAGAGCGCGCUACUUCGCCCCGGUAACGGUAACGACCACGGCAGGUUCUCGUUCCGACAGCGUGACCUUGCUGACCCACCGGAGAAAGAGGACCAACUUCACGCAGGUGCAGAUCGAGGUGCUGGAGAAAGUGUACUCGGACACCCCGUACCCCGACAUCUACCUGCGCGAGAGGCUGGAGUCCCUCACCGGGCUCCCCGAGUCCCGAAUCCAGGUGUGGUUUCAAAACCGCCGCGCCAAGUCCAGACGCCAGGUAGGACAUCCAGUGACUCAGCAGCAGGAGCAGAGGACCAGCAGCAGUGUGAUGUCCCAUCCCCCAUCGCACACACACCUCCACACUCAGACCGGCUUGGAUGUUCCCAGGGUGCCCUCCUCCUCCUCCUCCUCCUCUUCCUCCUCCUUGCAGCCUCCCCACUCCUCAAUGGCCAAUGGGGCGCACCACACGAUACAGACUGUUGCCAUGGCCACAAAGAGGAGCAGGUUUGACGACUCUCCGCCCCCCACCUCUUGUGUUUACGACAACGGCAGUAGUCACCGUGAGACCAUCAGGCCCAAGCUGGAGCAGCAACACCACCACCAACAUCAGCAUCAUCAUCAUCAGCAGCAGCAUCAGGUGAAAGGUGGUGUGGAGCUGUGUGUGUCCGUGCCCACCUGUAACAGCGUGGCAUCAUGGCGGCCGCACCAUAGUCUUGCUGCUGCCGCUGCCAGCGCGGCUGCUACCACCACUACCAGCCUUGCCAAUGUGACCACCACCAUCAGGGCCACCAGUGCCAACGCUGCCACCACUGCCAUUGCCACCUCCAAGCACGUGCUGGUGGAUUAUGACAACUACCCUCCCAACAAGACCAUCGGCCCCGAGAUGCGAGUGGCCAUCCCUCCACUACCCCCCUCGUCAUCAUCAUCAUCUUCAUCAAUGGCUAUGCCUCCGCUAACGUCUUUGUCAUCGUCCUCAUCCUCCCAUGGUGGCUUUGCACGGUCUCCCCCUCGCCAGGCGGUGGCGCUCGUCUGUUGCGGCGUCCCAGCGGCGGCCGCCAUGUCUCUCAAAGCUACCAGCCAAUCGGGUGACAGCAUGGCCCCCUUCUCAUCGCCACCCAGAGCCAGCGAGGCGCGAGACUUCUCUGACUCAGACUCGGACUGGGACAGAGACAUGAUGUUCAGCCAAUUCCUGUAACAUGAGACUGUGUUUGUGUGUUGGACAGACACAUGGUGCUCAUCACUUAGACCCCUACACAGGGCUGUUGUCAUCUCUUGCCAGGCCAAGGAUAGUCAUCUGAAAUGGCCCACCCAACACAUUUCAUGUAAUGAGGUCCCAAUUCUGGGCUCCUGCUCUCCCUGGGUCCAGGACAACUGACCCACAUUGGGCCAGGGGCCAGUAGGCCUCUGCAGUAACCCGUCCUUGGGGACCACUUCUGCCAGCUUAAAAAGACUCCUAUUAUUCCAGUUGGGUGAUCAAUCGUGUCGAACUCCAUGUUGAUAUUGUAAAUGUCUACUGAUAUGCACGCACCUGUGACCAAAUGUCUG